GCAACUGUCGAGCGCGGACCAAUCUAAGAAAAAUGCGUGUCUUGUGUUAUCUAUAAUAAAUAUGGCUGCGCCUAUGCUGAAAGCAAAUUUUGCAGUACAGACGAAAUAUGAAGCUUUUUACAAAGGUGGAAAUGUACAACUCUCUCAUGAUGGGCUGCAUUUAUUUUGUUGCUGUGGAAACCAAGUGAAAAUACUAGAUGUCCAGACAGGGAAAGUGGAAAAGACAGUCGGACAGGACGGUGAAGAUGACAUCACAAGUUUUGUAGUUAGUCCGGAUGAUGAGUACCUUGUCAUAGCCACGAAAAAUCUCCUUUUGAAGCAGUGGGAUUGGAAGGAGGAAAAAUGUAUAAGAACAUGGAAGGCAAUACACACAGCACCGAUCCUUACUAUGUCAUUCGAUUCUACAUCUACACUCUUGGCAACAGGGAGCUCAGACUCUACGAUCAAGGUGUGGGACAUUGUCCGCCAGUACUGCACACACAACCUGAAAGGUUCUCAGGGUGUCAUCAGUGCUGUUUGUUUCCACCCCGACAUCAGUAGACUGCAGGUGAUUAGCAGCUCUCUGGAUUGUAAGGUGCGUGUGUGGAGCCUAGAGACGGGAACAUGUGACAGCGAGCUGGAAGGCCACUUCUCAGUUCCCACUGGCUUUGAUUUUAGUCAGGAUGGAAACACUCUGCUCAGCUGUGGACGAGACAAAGUUGUCAUACUAUGGAACCUUAAAACCAGCAAGAUGCUGAAAACUGUUCCAGUUUAUGAGACACUUGAAGGGGUCGUGCUGCUGCGAGAAAAUACACCUUUCCCGGCGCUGAACAUACCUGUUGGUGGCACUGAUGAUCUACACUUUCUAACAGCUGGGGAGAGAGGUGUGCUGCGGGUGUGGAACUCAAAGACCUCCAAGUGUGUUUACUCGAGCGUGAAAGACGAAGCCCUCGAGUCUAGUGCGGACGAUGGUGGUGAGAUUGUGGCGCACUCUAUCGUGCAUUUGUCCUACCACAGCACGCUGGCGGCCGUGCUCGUCGUGAAAUUCGAUCACACUGUCCUGCUGCACGGAAUAGAUGACCUGGCCGAACAAAAGCAGUUUGUUGGCUUCAACGAUGAGAUACUCGACAUCAAGUUGAUGGGAGCUGGCGAGAGUCACAUCGCCGUGGCAACCAACAGUCCGAACAUCAAGGUGUUUGAGUUGGCAACGUUCUGCUGUCAGGUGCUAAAGGGGCACAGUGAUAUUGUCCUCGCAUUAGACGUCAGCAACGAUGGAAGCAUGCUGGCCAGCUCGUCCAAGGACAACACACUUCGUUUGUGGGAGAUGAACAGUAAUUCGCACAUCGUUUCCUGCGUGGCUUUCGGAGCUGGACACACUCAUGCUAUCAACGGCAUUGCGCUUGGAAGAUGUCGAUCAAAUAUUUUGGUAUCCGUGAGCGACGACCAGACAUUUAAAAUCUGGACCUUACCAAGCGAUUUAUCUGCGGUCGUGCGGAAACUUCACGUACAAUGCACCGAGAAAGCUCACGAUAAAGAAAUCAAUGCUGUGUCGGUGUCACCAAACGACAGACUUCUAGCUACUGGCUCCCACGACAAGACAGCAAAGAUCUGGAGCACGGAUGACGGUAAGCUGCUAGGUGUAUGCAGGGGACACAAGCGUGGCAUCUGGUGUGUGCAGUUCUCACCCGUGGACCAGGUCAUUGCUACCGGGUCUGGAGAUGGAACUGUGAAGAUAUGGGCAUUAAACAAUUUCACAUGUGUCAAGACGUUUGAGGGACAUGAUGCAUCCGUGUUGAAGGUGACGUUCAUCUCAAAGGGAAUGCAACUUCUGACGGGUGGCUCGGACGGACUGCUGAAGCUGUGGACGAUCAAGCUGAGUGAGUGCAUCAGGACGUUCGAUGAGCAUGAAGCCAAACUGUGGGCACUGACUAUCGCCAAGGAUGAGGCAUGCAUUGUCACGGGUGCGGCCGACUCCAACAUCAUCAUGUGGAAGGAUGUGACAGAGACAGAGGUUGAAGAAGCUAGAGCGAAACAAGAGGCAGUCCUGCUGCAGGAACAGCGACUUUCCAAUCUCGUUCACAAUAAGAAGUACCUCAAGGCAAUAGGGCUGGCAAUCACCUUGGAGAUGCCCUUCAAAGUCUUGACAAUCAUGAAAGAAAUCUUAAAUGGCCAAUCGGGAAUAGACGACCUUGCGAAAACAGUCACGAAAUUGCGAAUGGAUCAAAUCGGUAAGGAAAAUGUUUUUUAUCCACACUUGGGUAAUGUUCUGAAAGAACAUCUAUCGUUGACGUAUGCGAAUCUCUCUCUCCACACAGAGCGCCAUCUACAGCGGAUGAAUCGCCUUGUGCAGCAGGCCACGUUUGUAGACUACACGUGGCAGUGCAUGCGAACCAUUACCAGCGCCAUCGAGCCAGCCGUGACUGAUGCAGCACGACAGCAAGGGCUCGUCUUCAAUAAACAACUGGCGCCGACGGAAAAUGGCAAUGACGAUGGCGACAUGGCUGUGGCGCCCUCUAACGUCCGUUUGAAAGCGUCGCAGCAGCCAGACAGUACCACUGGGAAUGCGAAGCGGAAGGUAAAGCGGAAAAGAUCACAAGUAGAGAAUAAAGACCAACCGAAAUCUGUGGCUGUCAAAGCGGACUCUGGUUCAGGUGGUGCCACGAAUGUCAGACCAGUGGGCGAUCACGAAGCAAUGGAUGAUGCUGACGCGCCUAAUUCGUUAAUCAGUGGUGGCCAGGUGACCAACAAGGCGUUGAAGAAGAGAGAACACGCCAGCGAGGCGCAACGACCGCGCAUCAAAUCUAAGAAGACCCGGUUAAGAGGCAAGAAUACACAAGUUGUUGCACAAACGACGAAGGCGAAACAUGAAGUAUUAAACACUAGGACGGCAAAAAAGAGUGCAAAGGUUGCUCAAGGUUGAGGGCAUGCCUCUGUGAAGGUCAUGCAAGAUAGAGGGUGGAUAUAUGUGAAGAUCAUCAAGGUUGAGGAUGGGAAUCUGUGGCGGUCCUGCGAGGUUGAAGAUGGCUGUCUGUGAAGGUCAUGCAAGGUUGAAGAUGGGUGUAUGUGAAGGUCAUACAAGGUUGAGGAUGAAUAUAUGUGAAGAUCAUCAAGGUUGAGGAUGGGAAUCUGUGGCGGUCCUGCGAGGUUGAAGAUGGCUGUCUGUGAAGGUCAUGCAAGGUUGAAGAUGGGUGUAUGUGAAGGUCAUACAAGGUUGAGGAUGGAUAUCUGUGAAGGUCAUGCAAGGUUGAAGAUGGCUAUCUGUGAAGAUCAUCAAGGUUGAGGAUGGGAAUCUGUGGCGGUCCUGCGAGGUUGAAGAUGGCUAUCUGUGAAGGUCGUGCAAGGUUGAGGAUGGGUGUAUGUGAAGGUCAUACAAGGUUGAGGAUGGCUAUCUGUGAAGGUCAUGCAAGGUUGAGGAUGGGUGUAUGUGAAGGUCAUACAAGGUUGAGGAUGGAUAUAUGUGAAGAUCAUCAAGGUUGAGGAUGGGAAUCUGCUGUCUGUGAAGGUCGUGCAAGGUUGAGGAUGGGUGUGUGUGAAGGUCAUGCAAGGUUGAAGAUGGCUGUCUGUGAAGGUCGUGCAAGGUUGAGGAUGGGUGUAUGUGAAGGUCAUACAAGGUUGAGGAUGGGAAUCUGCUGUCUGUGAAGGUCGUGCAAGGUUGAGUAUGGGUGUAUGUGAAGGUCAUGCAACGUUGAGGAUUGGGUGUGUGUGAAGGUCAUGCAAGGUUGAGGAUGGGUGUAUGUGAAGGUCGUGCAAGGUUGAAGGAUGGGUGUAUGUGAAGGUCAUGCAACGUUGAGGAUUGGGUGUGUGUGAAGGUCAUGCAAGGUUGAAGAUGGCUGUCUGUGAAGGUCAUGCAAGGUUGAAGAUGGCUGUCUGUGAAGGUCAUGCAAAGUUGAAGGAUGGGUGUACAUGAAGCUGGAGAGGUUGCAAACGGAUGUUAGUUAACUACAUAGUGAUAAUAUUUUUCGCUAACCAGGACAUUAUUAAAUAUGUAUUGUAGGAUAA